ACAAUCUGAACCAUUUGUUUUUGACCCAUAAAAGUUUUUAUCUCUUCCCUGAAGUCGGAAGUCCGUAAUCGUUCACCUGAAAACAGAACCCGCUGUGCCGCCGUCUUCAAAAACGUGACUGUCUCUUUGAGGGUCUUCCUUGUUUGCUGCAUAUAGACAUUUGGCAAGUAAAAAAUGGGGAGUUGCUAUCCUGGCACACCGAAGCAGAAAGCUUUGACUCUCGGAUUUUUCAUUUCGGCUGCUGCCCUAUUCGCUUACGGCGUGCAUCUCUCCUAUGUCAACGUUGCCCCUCAGCAAGCUCGAACCAAAGCUCGGAAUGAGUUCGUUAGAGAAAGACUGAAACAGAAAUAUGGGAAAUGAGCACAUGGCGUUGCGAUACCACAGAUUGUUACUGUGGGGUCUUUUUGUCAUACUUAUGAUUGUCGUCCCUUAUUCUGGGAUGAUACAGAUUUGACUGCCAUGUACAACAGAUAUGAACACUUCUGUACUGUCCGUAAUGUUUGUAAGAUUUGAUUCUAUACAACUUACAAGUUUGGUUGGACAACAUGGACCUCUUUCCCAACAUUUUUUCAGUUAGACAAAUGCUGGUCUUUUCUUUACAGUGACCUCAUGAACUCUGAUCAAGUGAAUCAUGAAUACGGAAAAAAAUUAGGGACUGCUAAGACCGAAAUAUGUAUGGUUUGCUCUGGGGAAUUUGUUUUAUUCUUAAAGUAUUUUGGAUACUUCACCAUCU